AUGAACGGCAAACAAGAUACAGAUACAAUCGAAGCAAAUGGUAAUAUAAAUCAAGAUAGUAAUCGAAAGACGUGGGUAAAAUUCGAUGAUGAAUCUCUACAAACAAAUGUAUCUUCACCGGAUGAAAAAGUGUCUAAUAAUUCAGCUCCAAGUACUUCUAUAUCUUUACCACAAGAAGUUCCUGCUGUUUUAAAGACUGAAUCUGUGCACGUUAACUUAGAAAGAGGGGAUAAAAAUAUUGAAUCUACGAGCCAUGGAACUGCUGCAAAAAACGUAGAAUUCGUUAACAUACGCCCUGGUUUUUCAAAUGGUGACUUGCUGGUAACAGUUUUGCCAGUAAACACUAACUGGCCAUGGAUAACUGCAGCACGAUUCAGACCUGAGUUAGUUCCUGAAGAACUUAUGGCCCAGGGUUUAACACUCACUGUGGAAGAAUAUGUUCAUGCAAUGGAAUUACUUGUAAAUGAUGCCCGUUUUACUCUUUACAAUAUCUGUUAUAAACGAGUAUUAGUCUGUUGGAUAACACUUGCAUUCUUGGUGCUGCUGUCUUUACUUUUUUCUGGUUUAACAGGCUUAACUCUAUUCUCUUUGGGAGUAUUAUGGUUAGUACUCAAUGCAAUGGCUAUUUUUCUUUGUAUGUGGAUAAAACUAAGAUUGUCCAAGGGACUAGAGCAAUGCUUAGGUAGUGUCAAUAAGUUGCUGUACAAGCAUAAACUAUUAUUAGCUUUGGAUGACCGAGGAAAAAUUUCUUGUCACAAAGUUAAUUUGUGCUUCAUUUACUUUGAUUCCGGGCCAUGUAUUGCACAUUUACAACAAUUUAUUGAAAGUGAAGAGGGAAAAUCUAUUAUGCAAGGCUGGGAGCAAAGGCUUGAUGUGACAGUGAAUGACAUUGUUAUACAAGGCAGCCAGUCUACAAGACUCUCUAGAAAACAGGAUAUGGCAGAACAAGUGUAUCUUCGGUAUCUACAACGGUGGGGCAAGGACUUCUUGCGGCGCCGGCUGUACUGGACUCUUGACGAGGAAGGCGGAAAUCCCGCGGCUCCACGACAUCUUUCGCUCGCGCUUUGUCCUUGUCAAUAUGUUGAAGAAAUUUUGCGGAAUAAAGAACCUAAAGAUACGCGCGCCUGUUGCCCGCCGUGCAACGAUUGGCUCAAACGCCGCGGUCUCGAUUGA